CUUAACGGUCAUAUUUCACCGACAACACUCCAACGGUCACAAAGACUAUUAUUCACCAUGGUAUUUUUUCUGCUUUGAAAUGAAUCCCAGAAGAGGAAACCCCAAAAAGAAGGAAAAAGAAAAAAGAAAAGGGAAAAGCAAUGAUGGAGACGUGAAGGUGAAAGAGUUUCAGUUAGCAUGGAGUUGUUGUUGUUGUUGUUGUUGUUGUUGCAAACCACAAAAGCUGAGAUGGGUGUCAAAGUUUUUCAGGAUCUCAAGUCCAGGUUUGAGAAUUUAUGCAUUUUUGUUGUAUGCUUUUUACAUUGUUGAUUGUAGCUGAGUUUUCUGUGGGAAUCCGAUGAUUGUUUUGUGGUAAAUGUUUUAGUGUAGUUCUUUAACAAAUCUUUGAUUCUUUCUGGGGGUGGGAAAAUUCUUUUAUAUUAAUUCUUUGUUGCAUAUAGUAACACAUUUCUGUAUCUUCUUUAUAUCGGAUUCCUUAUUUUUAUUUCUUUUGGUUUGUUGAAAAAUCACACACUCACUUAGAAUUUGUCUAUCUCUCUAGAUUUAGUUUGUCCAAAGUAUACAUGCAAAGUUUCAUAUAAACACAGAGGAAUUUUAUACAUAAAACUCAUACAUUCCACAUAGCUUGAAAACUUGUAGAAACAAAAGAGAGAUAGGGAAAGAAAAUAGAGAAAACAAACUGGGGGUGGGUGAAUUGAAAUUGAACUGAAAAAGAAAGAAAGUAGGAGGGUUGUAGAGAAAUGUUGGCUGGUUGUUCUAGUUCUACAUUGGUGUCACCAAGGCAUAGAUUGAGGAGUGAAGCGUCAGCACAGUUUCAAGCUUGCCAUUUCCCGACUUCAAUGAGCACACAAAGAUUGGACCUGCCAUGUAGUUUUUCUCGCAAGGACACUUCAAGGUCGCAGCCUAUUAGGCCUGUUGGCCUUUCUGUGGAGAAACCAACUGAAUCCAAGACCAGCGGUUGUUCUCUCAAGCAGAAUAUCCGGCUGCCGCCAUUGACUACUACUGCACAUGAAGGGCGGAGAGAGAUCAAGGAUGAGUUUUGGGAGAAAGGUAAAUGUUUGAAGAGAUUUGCUGCUGAAGGUUUCAUUGAUGAGUCAGUCAUUGACAGGAGGGCAAAGAGGAAAAAGGGUAGCUGUCAUAAUGAGAUCUCUGGUGAUAUUCAUGAAGGCGGUGGUGAUAAUUUGAGUUUGGGCCAACUUGGUGCUGGUGAGUUUUGGUUUCAACCAAGUUUCGCAGGCCAUAAUGCUCCUCAACUUCCUUUCUCUCUCACUGCUUCAGGGGAUGAAGAAAGGGUGUGUUUUGUGCCUGGUGAAGUGAUAUCACCGCCUUUGCCAUUGUCUAACAAUCCUUGGACCGAGUCAGUAAUAACCGAAAUCACUGACGUUGGGGAAAAGGAUGUUGAGACAAUCCAUAGGCCGGUAAAGGAAGCUUCAGGAUCGAGUACUUCUUCGGAGAGUCAUAGUUUGGGACUUCGGUUAAACGAGCAAGGCACAGAACAUGAAGUGGGCAAUGGUUCAGGGAAUCCUUACCCACAUGAGGGUACUGGUGUGGGGGUUUAUAGGGAGGAGGAGAUCAACCAUAGGGAGCAUCAGGGGUUUGAGCUUAUUCACUUACUUACAGCUUGUGUUGAAGCAAUUGGAUCAAAGAACAUUGCUGCCAUCAAUCAUUAUAUAGCUAAGUUGGGGGAUCUUGCUUCUCCAAGAGGCAGUGCCAUAAGCCGUCUAACUGCUUACUAUACUGAAGCUUUGACUCUUCGAGUCACAAGGCUUUGGCCUCACAUAUUUCAUAUCACAACCCCUCGUGAGCUUGAUCGGGUUGAUGAUGAUAAUGGUACUGCAUUGAGGCUCUUGAAUCAGGUAAGCCCGAUUCCAAAAUUCUUUCACUUCACAUCAAACGAGAUAUUGUUGAGAGCCUUCGAAGGGAAAGACAGGGUUCACAUCAUAGAUUUCGACAUCAAGCAAGGGCUUCAAUGGCCUAGUUUGUUCCAGAGUUUAGCUUCAAGGGCUAAUCCACCAAGCCAUGUUAGAGUUACCGGAAUCGGUGAGUCGAAGCAAGAACUAAAUGACACAGGAGACAGGCUCUCGGGAUUUGCCGAGGCAUUGAAUUUGCCUUUCGAGUUCCAUCCAGUUGUGGACAGGUUAGAAGAUGUGAGGUUGUGGAUGCUCCAUGUAAAGGAGAAAGAGACAGUAGCUGUGAAUUGUGUGUUUCAACUGCACAAGACACUUUAUGAUGGAAAUGGAGGCGCUCUCAGGGACUUGUUGGGACUUAUUCGUAGCACGAACCCUGCAGUGGUCGUCAUGGCAGAACAAGAAGCUGAACAUAAUGUUCUAAGCUUAGAAGCAAGGGUGACCAAUUCAUUGAGGUACUACUCUGCCAUAUUUGAUUCCAUCGAUUCAAGCCUUCCAAUGGAGAGUCCAGUUAGGAUGAAAGUAGAGGAGAUGUUUGCAAGGGAAAUCCGGAACAUAAUUGCUUGCGAAGGAAGUGAUAGGUUUGAAAGGCACGAGAGUUUCGAAAAGUGGAGGAAGCUGAUGGAGCAAGGAAGGUUCAGAUGCAUAGGGAUUAGCGAGAGAGAAUUGCUUCAGAGCCAAAUGCUGUUGAAGAUGUACACUUGUGAGAACUACAGUGUGAAAAAGCAAGGAGAAGAUGGUGGGGCGCUUACUCUAAGUUGGUUAGAUCAGCCACUUUAUUCAGUCUCAGCUUGGACACCUAUUGAUGUUGCAGGCAGCUCAUCCUCAUUUCCUCAGCCAAAUUGAUUGUUUUUUCAGAGUACUAUUUUGAUUCCAUUACAUACAAAAAAGGGUACACAGGCAUUCUUUGUAGGUAAAGAAAUCUGUCAUUAUUCUUUCAUUCUUUUGUUGCAUACAGUAAAUUCAUACCGAUUCAUUUGUUUUCAGCACAGAUUCUUUUUAGAUCAGUCUGUAGUAUCAGAGUCAAUUAAUUUGCUGUUUUAUUAUUUGAUUCUUUAUGCAUCAUAAAAUUCUUUGUAGCAGUUUUUCUAUUCAUUUGUUGUAAUAUUUAUCAGAAGUAUUGUAUGAAAAGAAAUUAUCAGAACUACCAACAAUUUAUAUUUAUGUAGUUGGAAAUUUAUUUUCAGAUUUCAA